UAUAAUCAUGCCAGUGUAUAACCCCUCCUGUCUGUCUCUCUCUAGUCUAUAGUCAUGCCAGUGUAUAACCCCUCCUGUCUGUCUCUCUCUAGUCUAUAGUCAUGCCAGUGUAUAACCCCUCCUGUCUGUCUCUCUCUAGUCUAUAGUCAUCCCAGUGUAUAACCCCUCCUGUCUGUCUCUCUCUAGUCUAUAGUCAUGCCAGUGCAUAACGCCUCCUGCUGGCUGGAUGAUUGUCUGCAGGGGAUUUUGAACCAGGACUACACUGGCUCUAUGGAACUGUCUGUCUACGAUGACGCCAGCACUGAUGGUUCCAGAGCGAUAGUGGAGGGAUGGAGGGAGAGGCUGGAAAGGAGAGGUGUUUCCAUGGUGAUCUCUGGCCAUGACUCCGCCCAACCCAGGGGAGUGGGUCAUGCCAAGAACCAGGCUGUGUCUCAGAGCUCUGGAACCUACCUCUGCUUUCAGGACGCUGAUGAUGUGAUGAUGCCUCAGCGAAUACAUCUCCAAUACGAGGCCUGCCUCUUCAACUCUACCUCUUUGAUUGGCUGUCAGGUCCGCAGGGAUCCAGAGGGAUCUACUGAGCGCUACACACGCUGGAUCAACAACAUCAGCCAGGACCAACUCAGCACCCAGGUAACACACACUCAGGAUGUGUGUGUAUGUGGGAGUCGCGUGCCAGGCAGUGGCCAGGUCCGAUGGAAACAGGAUGCGUACCGGGAGCCUGCAGUUUACACACACACACACACAUACACACACACACACACACACACACACACACACACACACACACACACACACACACACACACACACACCCAAGGAAGCAGGAGGACCGCUUGUGUAAAAUUCCAGAAUUGUUUUACCUACAUUUGUGUGUGUGACUGAGAGAGAGAUGACUCCUGGCUUUAGGAUGGGCUGGUAUCGCGCAAAAUUCCCAGGUUUUCC